AUGGGACCUUGUGCUUCUCGGCGUAGACUGGACGCGGAGGACCGUGCUCAAGAGAAGAUCGCGGAGUUUGUGCAGUAUGUCAUCUCUUCAGAUCUUGCCAAGCUGCGAGAGAUGAUUACAAAGCGGAAGAUGAAUCCAAACGCGAAGGAUCUACAGAUUCCAACGGACGCAAUGCGCUUCAUCAUGCUUGCCGAAAAGAUCAUGACGAGAUAG